AUGUCGUUGAAACAAGAAAUAGAGUCGUGGGUGUCGGCCCUGGCCCGAUACGACAACAAUGAGUUCGACGAGGCCCUCAAGGACUUCGAGAAGAUCUCGGACACCUCAAAAAUUCUCUUCAACAUGGGUGUCAUUCACGCCACUCUGGGAGAACACGAGAAGGCUGUUGAAUGUUACCAACGAGCAAUCAGAUUAGACCAGUACCUCGCUGUCGCCUACUUCCAACAAGGCGUAUCGAAUUUCCUGCUUGGUGACUUCGAAGAGGCACUGGCCAACUUCAACGACACCCUCCUCUACCUGAGAGGCAACACCAUGAUUGACUACGCCCAAUUGGGCCUGCUUUUCAAGCUUUACUCAUGCGAGGUUCUCUUCAACCGAGGACUGUGCUACAUUUACUUGCAACAAAAGGAUGCAGGUCUACAAGACCUGUCCUACGCCGUGAAGGAGAAGGUCGUCGAGGAUCACAACGUAAUUGAUGAGGCGAUCCGUGAAGAGGCCGAGGGGUACACCGUCUUCUCGAUUCCCGUCGGCGUCGUCUACCGACCAAAUGAGGCCAAGGUUCGCAACCUCAAGACUAAGGACUACCUCGGAAAGGCACGGCUGGUCGCCGCCUCCGAUCGAGCAAAUGCCUUCACUGGUUUCGCUGGAUCUGAGAUCAAGAAUGCUGGCAAGAAUGACAACAAAGACGACAGGCCCGCUGAUAACAUCUCCUUCGCUGCUACCAACCUGGUCAAGCCCGGUCUGGCAUCAAGAAGACAACAGUCCGAACCGCCUAACGGUCGCGGCGUCUUCCCGCCUACACCUCCUCCCGACCAAGUCGAGGCCAACGGUGGUGCUGGCGGUAUGACACGCGGACAAUCCGUUCGCAACGGACCGAAGCCAAUGCUCGCGAAGCUCAACAUCGACAAUGCUAGAGGAAACGACCGGUACCAGAAGACGAGCAGCCCGAACGACCGUCGGGCAGCGCCGCCCAGCAUGAGAUCCGAGUCUCGAUCGGCUACCCCAAGCCGAGGCUACUCCAGACGCGAUAUGCAGAUGCGUGGCCGUCAGGACGAGGACGCCGAAGAUGCGUACCCCGACGAGCUUUACGACAUGUACCAAGGUGGCGGCCCCGGCAGCUCCAGAACUAGUCGCCAGACCUCCCGUCGUGUGCCCCAGCGGUACAUGGAGGAUGAGGAGGACGGCUCCGACUACGGGUCCUUUGAUGAGGGUGACUUUGAGAUGGUUUCCAACAGACGCCCUGGUACCAACUCAAUGUCGUCUCGUGGCGGCUCAAGGAGGCCAGAGAUUCGCAAGAUUCGCGUCAAGGUGCACGCCGAGGACGUGAGAUACAUCAUGGUUGGUGCGGCGGUCGAGUUCCCCGACUUCAUCGACCGCAUCCGUGAGAAGUUUGGCCUUCGCAGGCGGUUCAAGAUUAAGAUUCGCGACGAGGACAUGCCCAACGGUGACAUGAUCACCAUGGGCGACCAAGAUGACCUCGACAUGGCGAUCAUGACUGCGAAGAGCCAAGCGAGGAAAGCAAGGCAGGAUAUCGGCAAGAUGGAGAUCUGGGUUCAGGAAAUUUAG